AUGUCGUCUGAAUGUGAAGGUAAGGAUUCAUGGCCCGAGCUCGUUGGAGACAAGGGGAAGGACGCCGCGGCAACGAUUGAGAGCGAGAAUCAUUUGCUGAAUGCUGUGAUUGUGAAAGAAGGAACAUUUGUCACUGCUGAUUUUCGAUGCGAUAGGGUUCGAGUUUGGGUCAAUAAACGUGGCAUUGUUACCAAGGUCACCCCAAACACGCCCUUGGACCUCAGCGACGGCGACGAAAUCAAAAUCGGCGAGUACACCUCUAUCACCGUGAAGAUCGACGGCUACGAGGAGAGCCGGCUCAGACGGAACCCUAGGCGUGCCGCAGUCGCAGUAGUUGCGGAGACUACGGUGGGGUCGGUUGCACAGGGUCGGGGCCAGAGAGGUAGGGCUGCGAAGGAGAGGGAAGCAAAGCGCGAGUUGGAGAAAGAAAAUGCUGAGGAGAUUGAGGCCGUAGGGAAUCGAAGGAGGGGCCGACCGCCCAAAGCUAGGGUUUUGAAGAGUGUGGUUGAAGAUGAGAAGCCGGUGGAGGAAAAUUUGGUUCCGGAAAUGAGUACGAGGCGAACUCGGAGCUCAAAGAAUGAGGAAUUGGCGAAGAUUCCAGAUAAUUCUGGUGUAGAUGGUGGAGAGGUGAAGAUUGAGCCGAAAAGGACACGUGGCGGUGCGAGGAGGAGGAAGAGUGUACCAGAGGAGCUACCGGUGUGUGAUAAACCUGAUGUUCCUGAGCAGAGAGAUUUGGGAGACUCUGUAAUAAUUAAUGUGAAGGACGAUGAGGCUUCAAAAGGGUUGAAUUUUGAGGAAGAGAGACAUGAAGAGGCUGGUAAAGAUUUUUUGGAGGUUCAUCUGCCGAAGCAGAUCAUUGAUGAGACGGAGGAGGUCAUUGGGGAAAUGGUAGAGAAAGCUAAGCGACUUCAGGAGUACAUGGCACAACAGAAGAAGAAGGGUCAUGUGCUUGUGGGCUAA